GUUCGCUGGCCUACUUGACCGCAGCCACUCAUGGGCUUGAAGAGGAGAGUGAAAAUAUCAAGGCGGAAUUUAACUUGGAUUCUGAUAAGAUUCCUGCUGUCAAUCCAAACGCUCGCCUGUUACGGCCCGCCGUUCCCGUGCUACCCAAUGAAGUCAACUGGCCCCUUCUCACUGUGUCUAAGAGUGUAUUUGAGGGAGCAGUCUCGAAAGGUACGUCAUUUACUUUAUGGCUAUGCAUUUACACUAUACCGAAUAGCUUUUCGUAGCGGCGCGAAAAAGCACCCAUCCGAUACGCAAUGUACAACUCUCAGAAGUUGAGCGAAACAACAUCUCUCCGUUGCAAUAAUUCCUCUGAAAAUAGCGUUCCCAAAAGGUACGGAUAGGUGUUUUUUCACGUCGCUACGAAAAGCUAUCCUAUACAGUGUAAAUCUAGCCGAUAUAGGGAAAACAGUUUAGAACUCAUAGAGCUAUUCAGUAUUAUUCCAGUAUAAAUAAAGUUAGUUUGGUUUAUGUUUCCUCCUGUAGUAACACUGGAUCAAUAAGAGAUGAUCCUUACUGGACCUCUAGGAAGAACAGUUUAGAACUGAUAGAGCUAACCAGUAUAAAUAAAGUUAGUUUAGUUUAGGUUUCCUCCUGUAGUAACAAUGGAUCAAUAAGAGGUGAUCCUUACUGGACCUCUAGGGAGAACAGUUUAGAUCUGAUAGAGCUAUCCAGUAUAAAUAAAGUUAGUUUAGUUUAGGUUUCCUCCUGUAGUAACACUGGAUCAAUAAGAGGUGAUCCUUACUGGACCUCUAAGAAGAACAGUUUAAAACUGAUAGAGAUAUCCAGUAUAAAUAAAGUUAGUUUGGUUUAGGUUUCCUCCUGUAGUAACAAUGGAUCAAUAAGAGGUGAUCCUUACUGGACCUCUAGGGAGAACAGUUUAGAUCUGAUAGAGCUAUCAGUAUAAAUAAAGUUAGUUUAGUUUAGGUUUCCUCCUGUAGUAACACUGGAUCAAUAAGAGGUGAUCCUUACUGGACCUCUAAGAAGAACAGUUUAAAACUGAUAGAGAUAUCCAGUAUAAAUAAAGUUAGUUUGGUUUAGGUUUCCUCCUGUAGUAACACUGGAUCAAUAAGUGGUGAUCCUUACUGGACCUCUAAGAAGAACAGUUUAGAUCUGAUGAGCUAUCCAGUAUAAAUAAAGUUAUUUAGUUUCGGUUUCCUCCUGUAGUAACACUGGAUCAAUAAGAGAUAAUCCUUACUGGACCUCCAGGAAGAACAGUUUAGAACUGAUAGAGUUAUCCAGUAUAAGUAAAGUUAGUUUAGUUAGGUUUCCUCUUGUAGUAACACUGGAUCAAUAAGAGAUAAUCCUUACUGGACCUCCAGGAAGAACAGUUUAGAACUGAUAGAGAUAUCCAUGCAGUAUAAAUAAAGUUAGUUUAGUUUAGGUUUCCUCCUGUAGUAACACUGGAUCAAUAAGAGAUGAUCCUUACUGGACCUCUAGGAAGAUCAGUUUAGAACUGAUAGAGCUAUACAGUAUAAAUAAAGUUAGUUUAGUUUAGGUUUCCUCCUGUAGUAACACUGGAUCAAUAAGAGAUGAUCCUUACUGGACCUCUAGGAAGAACAGUUUAGAACUGAUAGAGCUAUACAGUAUAAAUAAAGUUAGUUUAGUUUAGGUUUCCUCCUGUAGUAACACUGGAUCAAUAAGAGAUGAUCCUUACUGGACCUCUAGGAAGAUCAGUUUAGAACUGAUAGAGCUAUACAGUAUAAAUAAAGUUAGUUUAGUUUAGGUUUCCUCCUGUAGUAACACUGGAUCAAUAAGAGAUGAUCUUUACUGGACCUCUAGGAAGAACAGUUUAGAACUGAUAGAGCUAUCCAGUAUAUGGAAAAAUAGUUUAUUAAUUCUUAUAUUUUCACUUAAGGUGGUGUUUCUGCUAUGGAUACACCUCAUGUGGCAGAUGGGGAUAAUGAAGGAUGGGGAUCAGAUGCUGAUCUUGAUGGUGAGGGUAAUAUAUGGAUAAAUUCAAACUUAAAAACAAGCUUACACGAGUUUUCAAGAACAUACGUUAUGUGUAGGGUACUUACGUUGACUGUGUCAACUGUUCUAAUUGUAUCUACCGGUUAAUAUUAUGUGGUUUUCUACUGUGGUUCAAGGAUUUGUCUGUUUUCCUUACACAAAGACAUUAAGCUACAGUCAGAAAUCACAUUUUAGCUACAGUCAGAAAUUCAGCGUUAUACGCCGUUUCCACAAUUACGUUUAGCCAGAAAUUUAGCCUAAAAUAUAUAUUUGUUUGACUUGCACUUCAAAAGUUUCAAUUUAGCUCAGCUGGCGCUAGGCCACGAGAAAGUCGCUCGAGAAACACAAUAUUCUUAACUCCGGUCGGAAGGUCGCACGCUAACUGAAAUUCCCCAAUUCAUUAAAUUCCCGAAUUUUUUAAUCUUCUGGCUAACGCCCUGUUGUCUUUGAGAAUUCUGCCCAGUGCUCCAGAGAAGAUAUUAGAGACCUUACGAUUUUAGGACGGCAACCGCGACGGUGACGGCCAAAACAAACUCCUUCAAAUAAAUGGUAGUAAAGAUAGUUCCUCAUAUGUAUCAAUCGUAUGAAUUUAAUACAGUCUUAGAAGUUGAAGACAUGGGUUUUAUGUUUGGGAAGAGUUUCUCUAAACCCUGUUUGAAGUUGCACUUGUUGUGGCUUGGAAUGCAGCCGUUGUAUCAAGACGUGAAAAUCUGUGAUUUAGCGUUGUAAACAGAGCGAGGACAAUGUCUAAAUUAUUCAUAUAUUGUAAUUACUCAAUUCUUUUCAAUGAUAUAUUGUAUUGGUAGCCGUUGCCGUCGCGUUGCCGUCCUAAAAUCGUAAGGUCUCUAUUAACAGUGGCAAAGUUAGCCAUGACAACUGGCCAUGCUAAUGCUAUUAAACCCGCAUCUAAACAAUAUAUUUCUCAGGCCUUAAGACAUCGGUCGUGACCCAUUCGUGAAAUUGUCCGACGUAGAGAGGAAACCACUGGACAUUCUGUCCGACCUCAGUGAAACUGAGGUUUAUUCUUUGUCCAACUCAAGUGAAUUGGUGUCCGAUCUAACUUAACUUUGUCCAACGUCAAUCAAAAUGUACCCUAGUCCAGGACUAGAGGCUCGUAUGUUAGAUGGAGAAUCAGAGUAAUGUAUAAAAAGUGGAAAUGUGUAAUGAAGUGUUGCGGGGUUUUCACCGUGGUGUUCGGAAAUUCAUUGUCAAGAUUCGAAUGACUUUCAGAAAUUAAUAAUUCAUGAGGAAAACACACAAAAAUCAUAGGCGUGUCGUAUCUUUAUAUGUGAUAGAGAUUUAAACUUAUUUGAAUCGAUUUAAACAAGAUCGAUUUAAACUUAUUUGAACUUACAAGAUCAUUUUAAAACAUUCGCAGUGCGUGUUUUAUCAGACCCAAAGAUACUCGGCUUCGCCUCAUAUCUUUAUAUCUGAUAAAACACUGCCGGCCAUGUUUUAAAUAGUACUCUCCAAAUCGUGCUGGUAUUAAUUUGUGUCUGCAUUCAUACUUAUUUGCAAAGCCAAACUGAACUCAAAGUCAUCGGACAUCACAAUACAUAUGUCCGACCCAAACUCAAAGUGAUCGAGCAUUUUGUCAGACGGUUCUCUGACUGAUAUUUGAAGGCCAGACGUUUCUAAAGGCUUGAAUAAGGGGCCGGUCAUAAAGUAACUGCUAGGGUGGGCUGGAGUGAUUUGGGAUGGGCCAUGGAAAAUCUUUGGGCAGUUUCGAUGGGCCGCCAAUUUUUUUGUAUGUCCACGGUUGGGCCACCAAACAAAAACCCAUGCAUGUCUACUUCAAAAAAUAAAGAUACUAAUAAUAAAAGUAAACAAAACUAUCCAAAUUAUCAAAUGCAAAUGAUGCUAUUGAAGCCAGUACUUUGUUUUAUACAACAACAAGAAGUGGUCAAAUCACAGCAAAUACAACCAACUGGAGAGCAGCUCAGUAUCAAUGUGUUGGUCAAGCUUGAUGGAAUUAUGUAUGUCAAUACAGUGCCGUGUAUAUUUACAAUGUUCAUACCUGCAAGUUUUUUUUUUUAUUAUAAAAGUGUAUUUUCCCAAUUUAGAUUGGGUGGGUCAUGAAAAAUUAUUUGUAAGAUUAGAUGGACUUUGAAAUUUUUAUCUACAUCCUAAGAUGGGUCACCAAACUUAUUGGCAAGAUUUGUGAUUUACCUCCAGCCCACCCUAGCAGUUACUUUAUGACCAGUCCCUAAAGCAAAUUAUUAAAAAUUGGCAUAGCAUGACCUGUUGCUAUGGCUAUCAUGACGUGUUGCUAUGGCUAGCUCGCUAUCGGAUGUUAGUAACACGUUGUAACAAAUCAUCCUGUUCAUUUUUUAGAUGACGAGUUUAAGGAUACUCAGGGUGAUGAGGUGGUAGAAGUGGGUGAUGAGGGACCUGGGUGGGAUGUUGAUGACGAAGAUCUUGAGCUUCCUGAUUUGGUAAGUUAUUCAAGCAUGAUCCAACAAAAAAAAUUUAGGGUCGGGAUUUCGGCGUCCAAAAGCUAGGUAGGGUCGGGAACACAGAAAUCCACUUUUGUUUUGGCCUAAAACAAAGUAAUUUUGAGAGGAACGCCAAAAAGACUUUAGGGUUUGAACACUUCUGAUCGCAAAUACGCCACAUAGAGCGGGAAAUAAAGUCAGAUCUCUCAUAUCGAAGAGACGUUUAUUAAUCACUGUGCCAGGAACGCCUUAAACACGUUGACAAGAAUUAUAAUAUACCAUAAUUAAACUUUUUCAGGAAGGUGCACCGACCGAAGCAGAAGGCGAAGGCUAUUUUGUACCACCCAAUAAAGGAACAAGUCAAGCCCAGGUAGCUAUCUCAGGAUGUCUAGAGUGGUUUGUUUCUGAACUAUAAGAAAAUAUGAAAGAGAUUUUUGCACGUUUUAAGCUAAGAGCCUUGAAUUUGGAGGCGCGGUAGCUACUUUGAUGCUUAGCCAAUGAUAGUUACAGAAUGUUAUAUCUCUUGUCAGGUUUGGUGCAAUAAUUCUCGGCUGCCUGUCGACAACGUUUUGGGUGGAGCUUUUGAAAGUGCUAUGAGGGUAAGUGUCAAUUGUCACACAUGUCCUUUACUUUAUACCACUUCUGUGACACGAGUUUUAUAACUGCUGGUGCAAUUUUCCACAGUCUAAAGUUUCAUGUUGUCUGCACAUGUACUUUCUUUGGAGACCCCAUUUGCCUCCUGACAAAUUGGAAAAUGAUCAAGAUAGUGACUCUGAUUGAGUCACAUAUUGUAUUGACAUAUGACUGUUGACAUUGCUUUUUAGUCUUCAAUAUUUGAGUGAGUCCUGCUUUGGGAAUGAUAAAGAAUUUUUAUUACCCAACCCUUGAGUUGUUUUGUUUUUCAUUUACCCAACCUUUUACUCACUCAAAAUUUUGUUUACCCAACCCUUUUCUCUUUGGUGCCACGCCCCCCCCCCCCCCCCCCCCGCUGUAAAUAAUAACCGCUUCCUCAAUAAGUUUCACAGGUCAUAAUUGAACAGCCGUGCUUUCAAGAUCUAAACUUUAUCUCCAUUUCAUUUUUUUAGCUGUUGCACGAUCAGCUUGGAGUUGUGGAUUUUGCGCCAUAUAAAUCUCUCUUUCUUUCGACUUUCUCUCGAUCUCGCGUCGCUUACACAGGAUUGCCUGGCUUGCCCACCAUGUUCGCCUUUCCUCAUAGAAACUGGUAA